AUGAUUAAUUCUGAAAUAUACAAAGCAGCUGAGCAUCUACCUACACAACCACAACCAUCCAGGGUAUAUAUCAUAUUCUCAUUAUCGUCCCCUUCCCCUAAAGCUUGUGGACAACCUGUACAAUAUAUAGUAUCUGUUGUCAAGUCGAGAGCUUGGAAAUAUCGACGGCGUUUGGCUAUCUAUGGAAGACAAUUCUUCCCACAAGAGUUGCCUGUCGCAAACCUCACACAUGUGCUAUAUGCUUUUGCCAAUAUUGAUCCAGAAUCUGGAGCUCAGAUGUAUAUCUUGAAGAAACAGAAUAGGAAUCUCAAGGUACUACUAUCUAUAGGAGGUUGGACAUACUCUUCAAACUUUCCUGCAGCCGCAUCUACUAUUUCCAAAAGAGCUACAUUUGCGUCAUCCGUAGUUUCUCUAGUUCAAAAUCUAGGUUUAGAUGGCAUUGAUGUUGAUUGGGAAUAUCCCUCGGAUGAUACUGAGGCAAAUGAUUUCGUAUUACUGCUCCAAGAAGUUAGAGAUGCUCUUGAUAGAUUUGGUGACUCGUUACAGAGCCCUUAUCAUUUUCUCCUUACUGUUGCAAGUCCAGCUAGUCCUGCUGUAUGUCAAAAUUGGAAACUAUCGGAAAUGGAUCAGUAUGUGGAUUUCUGGAACUUCAUGGCCUAUGACUACUCUGGUCCUUGGAGCACUGUUUCCGCUCAUCAAGCAAACCUAUCUCCUUCCGGAAAUGGAUCCACUCCAUUUAAUACACAAACGGGCAUCAGCUAUUACAUUGCUCACGGUAUUACUUCAGCCAAGAUUGUUCUAGGGAUGCCUAUAUAUGGAAGAUCAUUCGAGCAAACGAAUGGAUUGGAUCAAAGCUUUCAAGGUGUCGGACAGGGAACAUGGGCUUCUGGAGUCUAUGAUUAUAAAGCAUUACCUUUGGCAGGGGCUACGGAGGUAUACGAUAAAAAGAUCGGCGCUAGUUAUAGCUGGGAUACUUCAAAAAGAGAAAUUAUCAGCUACGAUAAUCCUAUGGUUGCUAUUCAAAAAGCCCAAUGGAUUCAAUCCAUGAACCUUGGUGGCGCUAUGUGGUGGGAAAGUAGUGCUGAUGGACAAGGUUCCAGAAGUCUCAUCGGGAGUGUUAUGAGUGUUCUUGGAGGUCAUAUGCAAAACGUAACAAACCAGCUAUCAUUUCCAAACUCCACGUACGCCAAUAUUAGAAACGGUAUGCCUGGAUUUUCAAAGUUGCCGUUAUUAAAUAUUACGAGCCCGAAAAUCAGCACUUGCUAUUCAACGAAAGCGUACACAAGUUCGGGCUCGGAUAUUCCACCCAGUCUUUUAGGCAUCACUACUACCAGUUCACCUAUGGAGGUCACAACCGCCGUUGGUUCAUCUCAAGGAACCACAACCGCUGGUUCAUCUAAAAAAACCACAGCCGUUGCUUCAUCUAAAAAAACCACAGCCGUUGCUUCAUCUCAAAAAACCACAGCCGUUGCUUCAUCUCAAAAAACCACAGCCGUUGCUUCAUCUCAAGGAACCACAACCGUCUCAGAUAGUUCCUCUGUUACUAAUGUCUGUUCACUUGUCAGCGAUUGUUCUAUCGUUACAACACUCUUUUCUUAUUCAACAUCAACACCUAUAACUCUAUCCGGAACAACUAGUACAUCCUUUUCUAUUUCAACAGACUCUGCAACACUUUGUAUAUGUAAUAGUUGUUUUUUUGAUGUUCGUACUGCUGUAUCAGGUGCAAGUACUACUACUUAUUGCGGUAAUACUAUAUCGGUUCCUGCUGGUUUCACGAAGAUUAUCAACGGAAAAUUACCUAUCUCUACUACGACGACGACAAUGCUACCAAUACCAACUGCAGAAACUAUCACUGCAAUAACAACGACAACAAUAUUAUCUCCAAAACGAAGAUCUGGAUGCAAUCCAAAUCUGGAAUGUUACACGAGUAGCACUAGUAUCGUAGGGCCUGGAUACUCACCUACGGGUUUGAUAUGUACAACAGAUACAAAUAAUGAUCCACUAGAGAAUCAAUCAAUUCAAUCUGGUGCUCUUUCUGGUCUCAAGAAACCCAAUAGUUUUAUUAUGCUUGACUAUACUAGAAGUCAAGUCUAG